AUGGCACGCACAGAUCGAACCUACGAGUUCGAAGAGGAAGUUUGCGAUGCUCUAAAAAAGAACUCCACUGUCCGACUUCUGCCAACGCCGAUCAAGGAUUGGGCAGCAGUUGGGGCGCAGAAGAUCAGUCGAGCUCUGCUCAAGCAAAUCGGGGACGAAGAUGCAGCCUUUGACAUCCAGAUCCUCAUGAUCGAGUUACUUGAUACGAAAACCCGCAUCUUCUUUUGCUUUGAUCUCUUUCUGAAGGAAUGCGAUGAGGCAGCUAAGCUGAGAAUCAGCAAGAAUUCCCAAGUGCCGACCUACUACAUGUACAUAAAAGGGCCGCGCUGCUUGGCUCGGAGGGAUAAGAAGUCAUCAGAUUUCGUUGCACAAAGGCUUCAAGGUUAUUUGGAACGAGUCAAAGACCCGAUGCCUUAUUUUAACGAUUUGGAAAACCCUUCGUUUUAUAUCAAUGGGUUCCGGCAAGAAUCUCGGGAUGCGGCACUAGCGAGUAUUGAGAACCAUUCGGCUUUAGAUGGCAAAGAUGAGGGAAAAGAAGAGGAUUCAGGAGGGGCUUGA